GAAAUGACGAAUGUAAAAUUUUCUUAAAAAUCAACUCGAGGCAAGAGUGGUGAAGUCUUAAUAACAUCUACACGUUUUUUUUCCUGAAUCGGGGACCCAGCGAUUCGGAAUCUAACCUACAAGUUUCCUUCUUUGAUUAAAACUACAACAAAGGGAACACAUAUAGGGUUUGGUCUGAUUCCUAAAAAGCUCAAGCCUUUAGAGAGAGAAGUAGAGGAGAGGAGAAUUAUCGCGCGAUUAAUGGAUUCUGAGGAUGAUCUGCUCAAUGCCCACGAUAUGGAAUCGGGAGAGGAGGAGGAGGAUGACUUUUACAGCGGCGGGACCGAUGAUUACUACAACGAAAGUGAUGAACCCGAUUAUGGGUUCGUUGAGGAAGACGACGUGGACGACUCCUCCGUCAUGAUCGCAUCCCAUCGCUCUCAGGUAAAUUAUGUUGUUCUCAAGGAAGAAGACAUCCGCAGGCAUCAGAAAGAUGAUAUUGGACAAGUUUCCAUGGUACUCUCCAUAAGCGAAGUGGAAGCAAGCAUUUUGCUCCUUCACUAUCACUGGAGUGUUAGCAAAGUUCAUGAUGAAUGGUUUGCGGAUGAGAAGAGAGUUCGUGAUACUGUUGGCAUAUUGGAUGGACCUGUGGUUCCAAUCCAUGGUGAUGGCGUAGUAGAACUUACAUGUGGUAUAUGCUUUGAUAUCUUUCCUCCUGAAGAAAUUCUUUCGGUUGCAUGUGGUCAUCCUUUCUGCUCUACAUGCUGGACUGGUUAUAUUAGUACAACCAUAAAUGGUGGCCCAGGAUGCUUGAUGCUAAAGUGUCCCGAGCCUUCUUGUCCUGCUGCGGUUGGUCAAGAUAUGUUCGAAAAAUUGGCUUCCAAGGAAGACAAGGAGAAGUAUUAUAGAUAUUUUAUUAGAUCUUACGUUGAAGACAACAGAAAGAUGAAAUGGUGUCCCGCCCCAGGAUGUGAGCAUGCGAUUGAUUUUGCAGCUGGAACUGAUAGUUAUGAUGUGUCCUGCUUGUGCUCGCAUAGCUUUUGCUGGAACUGCACUGAAGAGGCCCACCGUCCUGUGGAUUGUGACACAGUUGCGCAAUGGAUACGUAAGAACAGCGCUGAAUCAGAAAAUAUGAAUUGGAUACUUGCCAAUUCAAAGCCUUGUCCAAAGUGUAAGCGGCCAAUUGAAAAGAAUCAUGGAUGCAUGCAUAUGACAUGCACACCGCCUUGUAAAUAUGAAUUUUGUUGGUUAUGCCUUAAUGCAUGGACAGAUCACGGGGAAAGAACUGGUGGUUUUUAUGCCUGCAACAAGUAUGAGGCGGGUAAGCAAGAAGGACGGUAUGAUGAGGCUGAAAAGAGGCGAGAGAUGGCAAAAAAUUCGCUAGAGAGAUACACUCAUUACUAUGAACGAUGGGCAAGCAAUCAAACGUCGAGGCAAAAAGCUAUGGGGGAUCUGGAGAAAGCAAGAUCCGAGAAGCUUGAGAAGCUUAGUGACAUACAUGGCACACCAGAAUCUCAGCUCAAGUUCAUCACAGAGGCGUGGCUUCAGAUCAUUGAAUGCAGACGGGUACUCAAAUGGACAUAUGCAUAUGGGUACUAUCUACCUGAUCACGAUAAGAAACAAUUUUUUGAGUAUCUGCAAGGGGAGGCUGAGUCAGGUUUGGAGAGGCUCCACAAAUGCGUCGAGAAGGAACUAGAGGUGUUUCUAGUUGCUGAAGGCCCUUCAGAUGACUUCAACCAUUUCAGGACAAAGUUAACGGGUUUGACCAGCAUAACAAAAACAUACUUUGAGAAUCUGGUGAAAGCUCUGGAGAAUGGUCUUGCUGAUGUGGAUACGCAAGGAGCUAGCAGCAAAUCAGCAAACACUAAAUCUAGCAAGACAAAUAGCGGUGGGAAAGGUAAAGGGAGCUCCAAGAGUGGCGGGUCCAGCAAAAACAUAGAUGGAAACUGAGGUCUCUCAGGUUUCAGUGACAUUCUAAUAGAUUCUGCCACGCUCUUUAAAACCACUGGAUUGUUUUGUAGUUGUAAAAAGUUUUAUUUGAUAAAAGUUAAUAAUAUAGACAUGAUUGGUGUACUUA